CUCCGCGGAGUUGGCGCAGGAUGGUUCUUUCGGUCUUGGUCAAGGCAGUGAAUGAUAAGCCACUAUUUCUCUGUAAACUGGAAGAAAGUCAACAAUGGCUGCAAUGAGGAAAGGGACUGAGAAACGACACAACCCAGUAGAAAGCAUUUGUAGAAAAAUCAAAGCCAUCCAAAGGAGAGAAACUGUGUCGGAUCCAGCGCAGCAGAUAAGCAAGUACCGCACCAGCAGUUUUGAGAGUCCAUGGGUCCACAGCAAGAAGAACAUCCAAGAGCUACUGAGAAAGAGGAUGGCGGCUUGCUUUCCUAUGCCCACCUCGCCUUUCGCAAGUUUGGACAAAGUUGCCGCCUUCAUUUCUUGUCCGGAAGUGGCAUCUCCAAGGACGCCAGUCCUGCCUGCUUUCAGCAGUCCUGAGAGUGAAAUGUCCUCUGUCCAUCCCCCAAGUUUCGAGAGCAGCUCAGAGCGGGCAUCAAGCACCAAGUGUAGACACCCACCUUGGAUGGCACAAAGACAAGGCAAGCUCCUCUUGAAUGAGGACUUGGACACUUGCUGCACCGAAAGAAGUUCCAGUACCUUCGUACUUGACCCUGGUUCCACUUCUGGUCAAAGCCGCGACUGUUGGAGUCCUCCGGAGUUGGUGGUGAAGCGGUUAUCUCUGAAUGAUGAUGAAUGGAAACCAGGAGGUGGUGACGGCAGAGAUGGUGUCACCGACAGCUCUCCAGGGACCUGUGAGGACCAGCUGCUGGCUGGUAUUUUUCGUACAUGGGACACGGCCCACAGAGGCUUGGUAGGAAUGGACAGAGUAAUAGAUUUUCUGAGACACAUGAGCCCAGAGGCUGAAGAGCGUGACCUCGAAGAGCUGAAGAACACACUUGACCCUGAAGAGACAGACCCCUGUGUGGACCUGGAGGCAUUCCAGACAAUUGUCAAAGAGUGGAUGGCUCGCUACCGGAGCACACGUUGUUCCAGCCGAGGAGUCACUAGCAGGUUGAGCAGCAUCGCUGAUGACUCUGUCUUUGAGCAGGGGGACAGCAUCAGCUCAGGCAGGGCGGUUCCAGGGACCACAGAUGAAGUGGAUGUCUCAUCGCAGGGAACCUUAGAAGUGUCUGAUUUGAUAGACUAUGUGACACACCUACAUUUCAACAAGCAAAAGUUGGAAGAGGAAAAUCAUAAGUUUAAAUUGGCAAUAGAAACCUUGGAAGAAGCCAACGGGCAGUUAUCAGAGGAGUGUGCUGAGCUACGCUUUCAAGCGAAAAGUGCCCAGCAGGCUAUUAUGAGAACAAAUCUGUUAAAAGAAGAACUGGAAGAACUGAAAAUUAGUAUGAAUGCUGCAGAAGAACAGAAGACCAUGCUGGAGGCCCAGAACAAACACUUAGAGACAGAAAACCGAGCCCUAGUUCUUAAGAUUCGGACUCUCCAGGAAGAGAAUACUCAGAACAUCGUGGAGAUAGAGGAACUGGAAAAGAAGAUUGAAGCGUUGUCGAAAACGGAGGCAGAAUGUCAAAUGCAGUUGAACACGUAUGAGGACACUUUGCUUAAUAAAGAUGCAAGCAUACGGAAGAAGGAUUUAAGUAUAGAAGAACUGCAGUCAACCAUCAUAGACUACAGCAGUGUUAUCGAGAAUUUGCGAGGGGAUAAGCACCAGCUGGCUUGUGAGGUACAGCGCUUGCAGCAGGAACUCAUCAUAAAUGGAAUCCAGCUGACUGCUAGCGGAGAGGCUAGCAGUAUCCUCUCGGGAGGAGGAAAGUCUUUGCUUUCCGAGCUUGUUCUCGCUCAGUGUGCACAGGAAUUCCAGUGUGGCAUGGAAGAGAAGCUGAAUCUGUGCCGAUUAAUGCUGAGCAAAGAAUCUUUUGAGAAAAAUUUCAUCAGACUCACAGAGAUUUUGAAGAAAUUCCAGCUGGAAUAUUCCUGUUUCCAGAAAGAAUUUCUUUCCAGGCAGAAACGACUAGAAGCCAUGCAGCAAGUGCAAGAAGAUGCUGCUGGACAGGAAGCUGUUCAACAAUGGGAGGACACAGGGGAGCAGGUGGAGGACCGAGAUCGGGCAGCCCCGGCUGCCAGGAGACAGACGCAAUCUUUGCAGCAUAAAUUAGAGGAAGCUGCUUCAGAGCAAAGGAGCCGCCAAGCUAUAAAUACCAACUUAGCGAACCCCUGCCAGAUACCGGAGCAGAAGAGGAGAGCGCUGAGAACGACAACUGAGUCACUUCGAAAGCAGUUACCUGAAGGGCCCCGAUGCCAUGGCUUGCUGUUUCAGAGCUUUUUAGAUGAGAGAGUUCCUUGCUAUGACCACUCGUCCUGCACAGAUACUGUUCAACCAAGUCUUCAGGAACAAUUGAAGCAUUGUUGCCACAAACUGCAUAGCAACCCAGAAGAAAGAAGCCAUCCGACACCCCUGACCUUGAAGUCCACGAAUUGGUGUACUUCUCUGUUGGAUGCCUUGUGUCUGGAUGGUGUUGUGGCAGCCCCAAGAGAGCGGUUGGAACCAUUCCUGUGUGUAGCCCACCCAACCCCUGCUUUAUGUAAAAGGCUCGAAUGUAAAGAAGUCCAAGAUGGUGCUUUGGGCGUGACGGGAUGGCUUAAGUGCCCACUCUCCACAAGUGGUCCUGCCCCAGAAACAGAUCUCUCAGGCCGUGUCAGGAUGAAUGAUGACAGAAGCAUGGGAGAGCAUGGUGCUGGACACUCACCCCCUAAGAAUCUGCCACAGCUCAGGGAACAUCUCACACGACCAUCGCCCAGACAGACUUCAUCUGCAGACAGUACAGUGACUUCAAGUGACUCUGGAUCAGAAAUUGUGACUAUGGCUUCUGGGGACCUUGACUGUAAAUCCACCUGUGAGAAAGAAGAGAAUGUGAGGUCGGCGUGCACCAGCGUGGAGACGCCAGCCACCAGUCAAGCUCAAGAGAAUACUGCCUCGCAGGAUGUUAUAGAUACAGAAAAAUCCACAUUAAAUCUGGAAGCCAAAGAGGAACCCAAAACAAUAGAAGAGCAUAAAGAAUGUGCUACAGGAGAUGCUGCGGUUUCCCCUCUUCCUGGAGCCACUGUGAAAUCAGUUAAUUUCAGACAAAGCGACAAUACUUCCGCUACUGAGAAGGAAGUGGAGGCAGAAUUUCUCAGAGUCUCGCUGGGGUUUAAGUGUGACUGGUUCACCCUGGAGAAGAGGGUGAAGCUGGAAGAGCGGGCUCGGGACUUGGCAGAAGAAAAUCUCAAGAAGGAAAUCACGAACUGCUUAAAGCUGCUGGAGUCUUUAACGCUGCUGUGUGAAGAGGACAACCAGGCCCAGGAAAUCAUCAAGAAGCUGGAGAAGAGUAUCACGUUUCUUAGCCAGUGCAGCACACGAGUGGCCAGUAGGGCUGAGAUGUUGGGAGCCAUUAAUCAGGAAAGCCGGGUUAGUAAAGCUGUUGAGGUGAUGAUUCAGCAUGUGGAAAACCUAAAGCGAAUGUACGCCAAAGAGCACACCGAGCUAGAAGAACUGAAGCAGGUUCUUCUGCAAAAUGAAAGGUCCUUCGACCCUCUGGAAGACGAAGAAGGCUGCCAAAUUAAAAAACGUUCAGCAUCUCUCAACUCCAAGCCGUCUUCUCUGCGAAGAGUGACCAUUGCCUCGCUACCCAGAAACAUUGGAAACACAGGAACGGCGGCCGGCGUGGAGAGCAACGACCGUUUCUGCAGGAGAUCCAGUAGCUGGCGUAUUUUGGGGUCAAAACAGAGCGAGCAACGCCCCUCACUACAUCGGUUUGUUAGCACCUAUUCCUGGGCAGACGUUGAAGACGAAAAGGGUCCACCAAAAACUAAAGAUGACACUGAACCGUUACCUGGAGAAGAAACGGUGGAGAAGACAAGGAAAUCAAGUCUUUCUGAGAAGAAAAAUAACGCCCCCAAGUGGGAUGUGUCUUCAAUUUCUGACAUUGUAGCUUCCUGGGCAGCACACCUCAAGACCUCCUUCCAGAAGGUGCACAAGGCCCUCUGGCUCUCUGCCGCCUUCAUCGUGCUGUUCGCAGCUCUGAUGAGCUUCCUCCUGGGCCCGUUCUUCCCCAAGUCGGUGGACGCUGCUCCCACCCGCAGUGGGGACUCCUGGCACUCUCUGGAACACAUCCUGUGGCCAUUCACUGGACUGCGACACGAUGCGCCACCUCCAGUGUGAGUGCAGCGCGUCUGCUUAUCUGUAUCGUGACUUUAAAGUUUCAGUUUCUGAACUGUGCUAAUCAGUAACUUUUGCCUGGGACAACACCCAAAUCUGGAGAUUGUCAGAAUCGCUAAGAUACUCUACACAUUUCCUCCUGUGCUGAUUACUGCAGCCAGGAGAGAACAGGGACAGGCAAAAGCCUGGAUGGUGUUUUAAUGAGCUUUUGGGGGAGGAAAUAGUAUAUUAUUCUGCUAGGUUUUAUUGAAAUAAAGAAGCAUUGAGAUGCA